GGCGCCGCCGGCUCAGAAGCGCGCGGGCAGGCACGGCGGCGGCGCGGCUCCUGCGCCAGCCACGGCUCCACUGCGGCGUUGCCCAGGGGCGGGCAGAACGCGCGGCCCCGGCGCCGCCCGGCUCUGAACGGCUCGGCGGAGCGAGGAGGACGGCUCGGAGCCGCCGGGAUCCCGGAGAUACGAGGAGGGGUCGGGAGGACCCCCGCCGCAAGAUGCUGCUCUCCAAGUUCGGCUCGCUGGCGCACAUCUGCAGCCCCGCCAGCAUGGACCACCUGCCCGUCAAGAUCCUGCCGCCAGUGAAAGUGGAGAAAGAGCCCUUCGAUAAAGUGUACCAGGUGGGCUCGGUGCUGGGCAGCGGCGGCUUUGGCACAGUGUACGCGGGCAGCAGGACGGCCGACGGGCUGCCGGUCGCCGUGAAGCAUGUGGUGAAGGAGCGGGUGACCGAGUGGGGCACGAUCGGCGGCGUCAUGGUGCCCCUGGAGAUCGUCCUGCUGAAGAAGGUGGGCUCCGGCUUCCGCGGCGUCAUCAAGCUGCUGGACUGGUACGAGCGGCCCGACGGCUUCCUCAUCGUCAUGGAACGGCCCGAGCUGGUGAAGGAUCUCUUCGACUUCAUCACGGAGAAGGGCGCGCUGGACGAGGACACGGCACGCGGGUUCUUCCGGCAGGUGCUGGAGGCCGUGCGGCACUGCUACGGCUGCGGCGUGGUGCACCGCGACAUCAAGGACGAGAACCUGCUGGUGGAUCUGCGCACGGGCGAGCUGAAGCUCAUCGACUUCGGCUCGGGGGCCCUCCUCAAGGACACGGUCUACACCGAUUUCGAUGGAACGAGAGUAUACAGUCCUCCAGAAUGGAUCAGAUACCACAGAUACCAUGGGAGAUCAGCGACAGUAUGGUCUCUGGGAGUCCUCCUUUAUGACAUGGUGUGUGGGGACAUCCCAUUUGAGCAGGAUGAGGAGAUCUUGCGGGGACGACUGUAUUUCAGGAGAAGAAUUUCACCUGAAUGUCAACAGCUUAUCAAAUGGUGCCUUUCACUGAGGCCUUCAGACAGACCAACACUUGAGCAGAUUUUUGACCAUCAAUGGAUGCACAAAUCAGAAGUAGUGAAGUCUGAGGACUGUGAUAUAAGGCUACGGACCCUUGAUACUGAUGUAUCGAGCACAAGUUCAAGUAAUGAGAGUCUGUGAAUGGCUAAGGACCUCGCACUGGGAGGGGAGCUACAAGCAGAAAGACCACAGUGCUGCUGCCAAUACGUAGGAGGGGCUAGAAAAAUGCAUUCAUUAUUCUGUAGUUGAAUCUUUGUCUGAGGGACUUGAUUUUAUUUUCCCCUUUUGCUGGUUUCUGCUUUGGAAUGAGAGAUUUCCUUUGGAAACGCUGAUGUUUAGGAGUUGCAGGCCAGUACUUAGUCAAAGACUGACCUUAUUAAGAAAGCAGUGACCUCUUGAAUACAUGGUAAACUUUUUUGCUCUCAUAGAGCCUGGACUAGAUUUUAUUUGCUUUUGAGUGCCUUUUUGAAAGCUGCUUCAGUGGGACUUUCUUUUUUGAGCUGUGUAUGUCCAAAGAAGAUCCAGUUCAUCAUAGGAAUUUGCUGCCUUCAGACUCUGUGCUGGGGGAAGCAGCUCCUAUGAUGCAUUGGAGAACAUGUUUGGUGAUUGAAUGAAGUAGUCCCAUCCACUGGUGAUGGAAUACUUGAACACAGACAUUUCACUCCUGCCCCCCGCCCCUUUCCAAAUCCAACCCACCUCUGCUGCUCAAAAUAUUUCCUAUAGCCUGCACAGAAAUACAAACAGGUAUAUCAGCUUUUUUUAUUGGAAACAUUUAUUCAUGUUUCCUUUUAUCAUCUCUACCACUGGGCAUGAGAAGCCCCUUUCUCAACUCCCCCCGGCCUUUUGUCACCCUGCGAGUCUUAAGAGUAUGUAUGGGCAUGUUGAAUGCACAAUCAAUGCAAUAUUCAAGGACUUUACUUUUUUUCCAUACCUGUAUAAUGUGUUUAUGUAAACUUGGUUUUCCCAUGUACUAUACAGUUAUUUAUUGUUUGAAGUUUAGAAGACCUCCCACAGGUUUCAGCUGUGGCUAUUUAUUUGGUUAAUUUAUUUGGUUAGAGUUAUUCAACACUGUGCUUUCCCUUCCUUCUCCCCAUGGGAAGUCUAGUGAUUUGCCCAUGGCACUUUUUUUCUGCAUUCCUGUCAACUUUUGUUUAAAAAAAAAAAAAAAAAAGACAAAAAAUAUUUCUGACCUUAUCAACUUUUGUUGGAAGAUGGAAAAUUGUUGUACAAAGUCUAAUUUAAGGGAAAUAGAAUGACUUUUUAAAGUUAGUCAGUAUGCCUUUUGUCUGGUAUUGAACCAGAAAUGUAAAGUAAUGCUGUUUGGAAGGGUUUUAAAUUAUUGACAUUGUACAGUCUCCGUGCAUUGGCUCUGGAAGGUAGAGUGGCAGAGUCAUAAACCUUAAUUUAUUUUAAUAGCUGUGUUUCUGUGAUCUGGUUGCAUUUAUGCAGCUUGGAUUUGGAUUUUUUUUUUCUUCUGUUCAACAGUGUGAAAUGUAUGGAGAUCAUAUUUUUUAUACAGGUAUUUCAAUUAAACUUUUUUUGUAUAUAACAGUUCUGUUUCUGUGUGUGUGUAGUCCCUUUUAUCUUCACCAUUGCUCUUGAAUCCAGCUGGGGAGCUAGAGUGCUGUGAAGAACUUCUCUUCUAAAUGUCAACAACAUCCAACCCAUAGUUAUUAGGCCUAUGCUAUCCACCAAUGUCCAUUCUGGAAGGAUUAAGCAAUCGCUCAUCUUGGCUGUAUCUACUUCUUGAUUACCUGAUUUGAUGUUGAACUGCAAUAGGUGUACAAUGCAGCAGCACUAAUGACCUACAUGAAGGGGGAGGGGCUGUGAUUAUGUAUUUUUUUUCAACUCUGUAAACACUGAAUAACUGAAAUACCACUGUACUCAUUGUCCUUAAACACAACAAAGAAGUGUUUCUGUACUUGC